CGGAUUGACCACCAUUUUCCUCUUCACAUUGUCGCCCAUUUUAUUGUUUGUGGCUAGUUGGUGGUUUUUAUUUCCAAGCCAGCUGUUAUCUUUUAGUUGUUUUCAAAGUUCCUUUCAUUGUGCAUAAAGGGUGGGCGGUGCGUUGUCUUAGGUUUCGGCCGGACUAGCGUAUCGUCCGGACUUUGUGCCACUUCAGAGAAGACCAAAUUUCGAGAUUUCGACCUUGUGGUACUAAUAUAAUCAAGUAAAGAUGACCCGGGGAAAUCAAAGAGAUUUGGCCCGUGCUAAGAACCAGAAGAAGCAGCAGGAGUUAGCCAAGAAGAAAAAUGCUAAUGAUAAGACAGGGCUGUCUUUAUCUGAAAGGAAACAUAGGGAUGCGGAACUUAUGAGAGAGAAGCAACGGAAAAAGGAGGAACAAGAAGGCCUCCAUCAGAAACAAGCCGUAAAUUAAUAUUUCAUUCUUAUGAACAAUCACAAGGAAAUUAAGUUUUUUGAAGAGGUGAAAUGGUUCAAGUGAUAACAUAACAAGCAAUUUAAAUAAGAAAUGUUUUAAAUUCUGAGUUCCAACAUAAAGCUAAUAUUACCACC